UAUGAUCACGACAACACAGCCCAACUUUAUCUCCUCCUCACCAUGUUAAAAAUUGGGUUUAGAUAGAGCAAGAAAAGAAGGAAUAUAUCAUUGACCAGUGGAGCAAGAAAAUUCAUCACCAUAUUCCAUAUAUUAUUUGCUCCUUUUCUUUUAUGGCAAGAAAGCGAGUGCUUUGAGGAAAGAUGCCUGGUUAUAUGCCUGCAUUAUAUGAAAACAAGAUGACAUCAAGUGGUGAAAAUCUGCUGACUGCUAUAGUGCCUUUGAUGAAGCUUCUCUCCCUUACUGUUAUAGGAUUGGUUCUUGCACACCCGAAAGCCCAAAUGAUCCCAAGAGCCACGUUUAGGCUGUUAAGCAAGCUAGUUUUUGCCUUAUUCUUGCCUUGCUUAAUCUUCACUGAGCUUGGUCAAAGCAUUACGCUUCAGAACAUUGCCCUUUGGUGGUUUAUCCCUGUCAAUGUGUUGUUUAGCACAGUCAUUGGUUGCUUUCUCGGGGUGGCCGUGGUGCUUAUAUGUCGUCCAUCACCGCAGUUUAACAGAUUCACCGUUAUUAUGACUGCCUUUGGCAAUACUGGAAAUCUCCCCCUUGCCAUUGUUGGAUCUGUCUGCCACACUAAACAUAGCCCAUUUGGACCCCAUUGCCACUCGAGGGGAGUGGCGUAUGUCUCUUUUGCCCAGUGGGUCGCUGUGAUUCUUGUUUACACCCUAGUUUAUCACAUGAUGGAGCCUCCCAUGCAGUACUAUGAGAUUGUUGAGGAAGGGACUGAGAUUGAGGAACAUCCAAUUAGUGAUGUUAGUAUACCUCUCCUCGUAGAAGCUGAAUGGCCAGGCAUCGAGGAAAAAGAAACUGAACAUUCAAAGACGCCUUUCGUUGCUAGGAUCUUUAAUAGCAUCUCAAGUAUUUCACAGACUACUUUUCCAGACCUUGACCUGGCUGAAGGCAAUUCGAGCAGUCCUCGGUCAAUUCGGUGUUUGGCUGAGCCGAGAGUUGUGAGAAGGAUCAGAAUUGUAGCCGAACAAACUCCUGUGCAGCACGUACUUCAACCUCCAACACUCGCUUCUCUCUUAGCUAUCAUCAUCGGAAUGGUGCCUCAACUGAAAGCUUUUUUCUUUGGAUAUGAUGCUCCUCUGUCUUUUAUUACAGACAGUUUAGAAAUUUUAGCUGGUGCCAUGGUGCCUUCUGUGAUGCUUAUUCUUGGGGGUAUGCUUUCGGAGGGGCCAAAAGAGUCUACGCUUGGUCUUCGAACCACAAUUGGCAUCACAGUGGCAAGGCUUUUGGUGCUUCCUCUGUGUGGAAUUGGUGUAGUAGCAUUGGCUGAUAAGCUGCACCUUCUUGUCCAGGGAGAUGCAAUGUACAGAUUCGUGCUCUUGUUACAGUACACAACACCAAGUGCCAUUCUAUUGGGAGCAAUUGCCAGCCUGAGGGGUUAUGCAGUAAAGGAGGCUUCUGCUCUUCUCUUCUGGCAGCAUGUCUUUGCCCUCUUCUCUCUUUCAUUGUACAUCGUUAUCUACUUCAAAUUACUCGCUUAUAUUUGAGGUCUUGUGGUAUAAUCCAGUCCCAGAUCUUUGUGUUCUUUGCCCUUCAUUGAAGUACAUGGCUUUUAAUGAGAUGGAAUUCUGUUUA